AUGUUUUUGAUAAACCAAGAGAAGUAAUUUGUUUGGGAAGAAGGUACCUAAAUGCUGAGAGCAAUUUAUUGGGAUAUUUCUGUGAAACCAUCUGAAUAAAAAACAACAACGCUACAAAUAACUUUUACAAAUAACUAAGAAAUUUAAUAUUCUAGAGAUGGAUCUAUCCUUAGAGUGUAAGUAUUAUAUUAACCUUUAUAGAGAUUUAAUCGAAGAUAUUUCAAGGAAGCCUGAAAUUUUAACAAAUUUAGAUUAAAUAUAAAAUUUAAAAUGGUGGGGAUAAUAUGGAAAAUUAAAUCAAAAGGUGGGAAAAUGGACAGCAACUUGGAACGGUGCAACUAUGAAAAAUGUAGGAGGAUAUUAUUCAAAUACAGGAAAUAAGUAAGGACAAUGGAUAACAUUAAUUGAAAAUUAUUGGUCGUAAGAUAUUCUCUCUUUUUUUAAGUUAAGCAAAAGUUUAUGAGGUAGGAGAAUAUCAAAAUGGAAUACGAAAAGAUAAUUGGAAAUAUAUCUAUGAUAAUAAAAAAAUGUAUAAUAUAUAUUCUCUAUUUCUAAAUAGAGGUGGUGGUAGAUACAAUUAUGAAGGUUAAAAACAUGGAAAAUGGGUUGAGUUAUAGAAAAACUUUUAGGAUCAUAUUUAAGUUAAGUAUACUGGAGAAUAUAAGAAUGGUUAAAAAAUAGGUAUAUGGGACAUUGAGUAUAGGAAUGAAAGAAGAAAUCAUUUUAUAAAAAUGUAAAAAUGCUUCAUAAACGGUCUUAUAGCGGUGGUGGAGCAUAUAAUGAAGUUGGUGAUGGACUUUAGUCAGGGAAUUGGGUGGAAAUAUCGGAUAAUAAGAAUUUUGAAGCAGACGAGUAAAUAAUUUAUAUUGGCUAAUAUAAAAAUGGCAAAAAAGUUGGUAGAUGGGAUAUUUGGUGUAAUAUGCUUGAUGAGAAAAGCUUAAAAAUAAUGUAAUAAAAUUUAUAUAAAUAUUUAUUCAAGUGGUGGUGGAUUAUAUGAUGAAGCUGGCGAUGGACUAAAAAUUGGGGAGUGGAUUGAUUUGAAUGACGGGUUUGAUGAAUAAAAAUAUGUAACUUAUCAUGGAGAAUAUAAAAAUGAUAAAAAAGUUGGUUUGUGGGAAAUUUGGAACUUAUGUUUAAGUAAGUAUGAUUACUAAGAAAAAUACAUGUAAAAAUAUUAUUUUAAGUGCAUUAUAGUGGCGGUGGAUUAUAUGAUGAGGAUGGCGAAGAGAUUAAGCUAGGAAAAUGGGUGCAAUUACCAGAUAAUUUCAGAAAUUGUUAAGCAACUUACAAUGGUGAAUAUAAAAAUGGCAAAAAAGUUGGUAGAUGGGAUAUUUGGUGUGAUGUGUUUGAUGAGAAUAACUUAAAAAUAAUGUAAUAAAAUUAUAUAAAAAUGUAUUCAAGUGGUGGUGGAUUAUAUGAUGAAGCUGGUGAUGGACUUAAGUUGGGAAAUUGGGUGGAAUUAUGGGAUAAUUUCGAAGAGCAUGAGUAAGUAACUUACAAAGGUGAAUAUAAAAAUGGUAACAAAGUAGGUUAAUGGGAUAUUUGGUAUAAGUGUCUUAGAGAUUCUGAUAAAAUAAUAAUAAAAAUGUAAAUACUGUUAUUUAAAUGUUUAUUAUAGUGGCGGUGGAUCAUAUGAUGAAGAUGGCGAAGGGCUUAAGCAGGGAAAAUGGGUGGAAGUAUCGGAUAAUUUCCACAUAUAUUCCUAAGUAACUUAUAAUGGUGAAUAUAAAAAUGGUAAAAAAUGUGGUAAAUGGGAUAUUUUUUAGAGGAAAUAUAGGACUAAAUAUUUUGAAUACAUGUAAAAACUGUUUAUUAAAAGUGUAUUACAGUGGUGGUGGAUUAUAUGAUGAAAAAGGUGAGG